CAGCAGGCAGGCUCGACUCGCCCUCCCGGAAACUCUGCAGCCGCAGCGGGUCUGAUCAUUUUAACAUCGGGGUUCGGUCCAACAUGGCGGCGCACGGAUGGAAAUACUGAUGACAGUCCGAAAGAUCGCCUCGAUUUGUACGAUGGGCGCCAAUGCCUCUGCCUUGGAAAAGGAGAUUGGACCGGAACAGUUUCCUGUUAAUGAACACUACUUUGGAUUGGUCAACUUCGGCAACACCUGCUACUGCAACUCGGUGCUGCAGGCUCUGUAUUUCUGCCGACCGUUCAGGGAGAAGGUGCUGGCGUACAAGGUGCAGCCUCGGAGGAAGGAGUCCCUCCUCACCUGCCUGGCCGACCUUUUCAACAGCAUCGCCACCCAGAAGAAAAAAGUCGGAGUCAUCCCUCCCAAGAAAUUCAUCUCUCGGCUAAGGAAGGAAAACGAGUUGUUUGACAACUACAUGCAGCAGGACGCCCACGAAUUCCUCAACUACCUCCUCAACACUAUCGCAGACCUCCUCCAGGAGGAGAAGAGCCAGGAGCGACAGCAGAACGGAAAACUGGUGCAGAACGGGAGCGGAGGAGGCGGAUGUGGUGACGGAGGGGGAGGCGGGGGUGAAGGCGACGGUGGGAAGGGGACGCAGCAGACGUGGGUCCACGAGAUCUUCCAGGGAACGCUGACCAACGAGACGCGCUGCCUCAACUGCGAAGCUGUGAGCAGUAAGGACGAGGACUUCCUGGAUCUGUCGGUGGACGUGGAGCAGAACACUUCGAUCACACACUGUCUCAGGGGCUUCAGCAACACAGAGACGUUAUGCAGCGAGUACAAAUAUUACUGUGAGCAAUGUCGCAGCAAACAGGAAGCCCAGAAACGGAUGAGGGUAAAAAAGCUGCCCAUGAUCCUCGCCCUCCACCUCAAGCGCUUCAAGUACAUGGACCAGCUGCACCGCUACACCAAGCUGUCCUAUCGCGUCGUCUUCCCGCUGGAGCUCCGCCUUUUCAACACGUCAGGCGAUGCCACCAACCCCGACCGCAUGUACGACCUGGUCGCGGUUGUCGUUCACUGCGGCAGCGGCCCCAACCGCGGACACUACAUCACCAUCGUCAAGAGCCACGGCUUCUGGCUGCUGUUUGAUGACGACAUUGUAGAGAAAAUCGACGCGCAGGCGAUCGAGGAGUUCUACGGCCUGACGUCCGACAUCUCCAAGAACUCAGAGUCCGGAUACAUCCUGUUCUACCAGUCCAGAGACUGACGCAGCCAGCGGUGAAUUCCCCCAGCAGACUGUCUGGACGUGGCAGACGAGCCGCCGGCUGCCUCCAGUACGCUCACACAAGUAUCCGGGCUUUAUUCCCCCUGCGGCAGGGAGCGGCUUUGACCCCGGAGCGCCGCUUGGGGAAACGGGUUCGAGGCGCGUGCCGGUUGCAUGCCUGCCUCCGGGAUGCCAAAUCCUCCGAGAACACACUGCAACAAGCACCUUGAUAUACCAAGAAACCCCCCCACUGUCUAACACUCGCUUUGCACUAUUGCACCAGGAACGGAGACCAGUGGCUGAACCGAUCAUGUGUGUUUUUUAGCGGCUUCAGAGGAGGCAGCAGCUUCUUUCUGAGUAUUAAUACCUUGCUACGUUAGCUUCCCUCCCCAGCAGCGGUGGAACUGCCAGAUCAUGUGUUCACUGGACAGGAAGUGAAGCGACUAUGAUCUGACGGCACCGAUAGACGUCCAGCCAAUCACCUCAGACCUCUCUGACAUCAUGUAGGGUUGGAGGCCGAACGCUGCGUGAAAAAGCGCCGUUUCUACGAUCUGUGGCUCAUAUACAGUAUCUUAGCGCAAGGGAGUCACUGGAGGGGUGGGAACAUGUCUCAAACUGAUGAGCACAGCUCCGUAUUUAUGAUGAAAGAGCAAAGAAAUCGUUUUAUUUUAAAUAUUCAAAGAUCAAGUGACAUAAACUGACCAAAAAUUCAAUUUGCAGUAUGUAUAACUUCACCUUUUCAGUGUUUUUAUCGGUUUAAUAUUGUUUUUAUUUACAAUGUAUUUUUAUUUUAUUUUAAGCUGCAGGUUUUUGGGGGGGUGUUUUUAAGUACCAGGACUAGCAAUGAGUCUAACAGUAGCAGCUUUUAAACUUUUAACUUUUUCAACUACAGGACAGUUUUUAAAAGCUGUCCUGUAGUGGAACGAGACUUGGAGGUUGGUUAUGAAGUGGUGUUGUGCCAUUAGGAGCCACAUUUGAUGACACGAUGGAGAAAAGGAGAGAGAGGACCGAAGGAAGAGCAAGUCUGAAAAACUGUGCAUUUUUAAAAACCUGUAAAAUAUCCACUUUAAUUUCUCAGCAGACUCAGUUUUGACACACUACAAAGAUUUGAUCAGUGUCUGCCUCGUUCCGUUGGCGAUCCAGUCCAGCUGCAGCUCUCAAGUUGAGAAGAAUCUUUCCUCAACACGUUUUUCACUCUGCGAUUCUCCAUCCCCACUCAGGCUGUUAUAAAGCAGCAGAUCUAAAGAUGGCGCCGUCUUUUCAUUUAGUGGCGACACGUUUAAAAAAAAAAAACAACAAAAAAAACAUUUUAUCAUCUCUGUGGCUUAAACUUCUCCCCAAGAGGUGAAAAUGCUUUAGGGAACUUCCCCUCACCCACGUGUUGCUUUGUGCUGCCAGCUGAGUGACGGCUAACUUUUCUUUCUCCCUUUAUCUGAAACUAAAGAUGCUGGUCAUUCCAUUGUGCCUAAUUUAAAAGUAAAUUUCUAUAAUCAACGUAUAAUCUGUGAGAACUGUUUAUGUAACUCAUAAACUAACACAUUAACUCGUGUAACAUAAUUAUGAACCUAUCUGAUCGGGGCUUGAAAAGUUCAAUUUGCUAACACGGGAUUGGCUGUCGGUUCGCUCUAAAAGGGAUUAGCAACAAAAUACGAAAAAUGGAACAUAAAGUGAAUUUUACAGGAAAAUAAUGAUGUAUAUCUUUAUGAAUUGUAUAACAAAUUAAAUACAAAUUGUUGAUCCCUAAACUAAGACACAAAGUUGGCUAUUUGACUUGUUUUUUGUUCAUGAAAUGCACUAAAAAGCACAGCUUAAGCUAACUUAAGCUCAAGUUAUCCAAGUUUAAGUUUAGCUUAAGCUUAAAUGGCUAGCUUAAGCUAUUAAAACUGGAUGUAGCUUAAAUAGCUUUAAGUAACUUAAGCUAAGCUAGCAAGGAAAAUUUGUCAGCUUGCAACCAGAGUUGGCAUGUGUUGGUGUAAUGGACACACAUAGCAUGCUAGCUAAGGAAGCAGCUGCUACUGACUUCAAAUGUUACUGGGAAAACAUCGGAAAGACCAUCCAAGAAAAUCUUCUGUAGAUUUUCCAUCAGUUGUUUAUCUGUUGCAUUCAGUUCUUCUUCUACUUCUUAUAACUGUGUUUGCAGAAGACCAGCUGCACACCUCUGCCCCCAAAGGUCAGUUCAAGAAAUUACAUGCCAUUCAAAUUUGACCACAAUCUCAGUUUUUCCAUUCGUCAAUUAUGUUUUUAAUUAUUUUUAAUUUGACUGUUACAAUGCCAAACCCAUUAAAUGACAAAUUCAGCCCUCUUCUUUUACAAACAAGAAUUAGAAUCCGGGUGUUUUAUAAGUUGUUUGUAUGUGGCGAAAUAGUAAGAGGGCAAAUAAGAAGAAAACAGAGCUGCAGGUCUGAAGUUUGCUUUUCUCUAGUUUCUGAUGACCUUUUUUCCAGUUUUCUCUUCAGUUGCCCAGGUGACAUGGCAGACAUGAUGGAGUUUAAUGUGCCUACUUUUGCUAUUUAAUCGUAAGGUUUUAAAAUCACUCCUCUAGCACUUGUUUUAAAGGGUAGAGACCUCAAAAAGACAUCACUACUUCCUCUCCAUGCCUCUGCUGCUCUUUAACGCACUGAAGAAGGUGCUGGAAAACGUUGCUUUGCGUCUUGAAAGUUUGUGGAUUUCAGGCAGUUCAGUUGGUCUUAAAAUGAAGAAUUCAGGCAGAAGCUCUGACCUUUUCCCACACACCCAGUGAGAGCGAGGCGGUUUUUUAUGCUUUCUGAAAGCUUCACCAAUAAGCACAAAGACGUGACUGGGGAAUUAAAAAUAAAACAAAAAUAGCAGAUUAAGUUGAUUGUGGAUCUUUUAUGAAUUGUCAAACCUAAUUUCAAACAAGAACUUUUUUGUUUUAUUUAAGCAUUAUUGUGAUUAUUAUUAUUAUUAUUAUGAAUGUUAACUUUUACUUUGAAUGUUUUUUUUUAUACUUUUCUUUGUCCUGUCUACCAAUUUUGCGUGGGCAGCUCUGGAGGGAGGAGGAGUUACUUUUGGAAGUUUGUAACGAGAGAUGUUGUUGUGUACAUAAAUACAGAUAUUGAUAUUAUAAUUUGGUUUUUAAAUGAAUGCUUGCUUAAAAUAAUUAACUGACUGGCUUGACAAGUGAGGAUCGGUGUUCAGUGCGGAGGGACGACCUCGCUCGGUGCAACUUCUCCGGGACGUUUUCCAAAAGUUCUCCUGUUCUGAAAUGUGUUGGAAGGAAAAAUCUGCUCUGAAUUACAUAAAGGAUUUUGAGAAGAAAAA